CAGGUAAUCAGUUCGGUGACAGCUAACUAGCUAUGUUGCUGUCUACUUCCCAAGUUUACAUUCUUCUUAACCCUCUCGAUUGUCGCGAUAAGAUAACACGUAACGCGCGCCGUGCUAACUGAGGAGUAAUUGAUUUUUGCGCUACCUGUCGUAGAUGUAGUUCCUGGACAUGUCGAGCGACAUCGAAUAUCAUGACGUCACCAAAGUAUACAUGCCGCCUGCUGCUGACGAUGGUGGUGGUCCAUCGCAGGAAAAACAAUGGACCAUCGUUGGGUGUACGCUGGGAGCUUUGGUGAUAAUGCUUCUUGUGGUAUAUUGUGCAUGUAAAAGAAAAAGAAAACGAAGAAGAAUUAUAAAACGAAAGCAAAUUCGUCGAAUGCCAACCCCCGACAGUGAUUUGUACAUUAUUCCAGUUACAGAAGGACUACCAGUACAAGUACGAACGACAGAAGAUGUAACGAGAAGAUACGAACGAAGCGUUUCUAGUUUAUCGACAAAGAGCCAAGUCUAUAUAGUUCCAUUUCACGCACUUCCUCCAGAUUUUGAUUUUUCUUCGAGGGAGGUAGAAGUAAAAGGCGAUUACGUCAUACUUAAAGACUUGGCCAUCUUAGAACAAUGCGAAUCUACGACAUACCCAAACGGUGUAGUGAACGAAGCUUACGAAAUACAGGAAUCAUACAAUCCAAUGUAUCCAAAUUUAUACGAAAACGCGCCGCCUUUAAAUGUAAACGCAUCAGUGAAAGAACCGUAUCAGAGACAAUCUCCAUACAAUCCAAAUUUCUAUUAAUGCCCUCUAUUUAUAUAAUUUCUAUAUUGUAUAAAUUACUUUAUAGGUAUAAUAUUAUGACGUAUACCUCAAUAAAAUAUCGAUACCUUACUUACUUCAAAAUCUCGUAAGUAACCAAAACCUAUUUUCACAGGAGAAACAAAAAAUUUUUGCAAGUGAGCUCUAUUGCUAUGGAAUAAAAUUAUUCACAGAUUAUAGCGAAAUAAUCAAAAUAAUUCAAUUUUUUUCAAUAAAAUAAUUCAAUAGAUUAUGAGGUCUUUUUCGAAGACUAUAGAUAUAAUAUUUGCCAAAAAUUGAAUUUACGAGGUUUUUAAAGUAAGGUAUCGAUACAUUCUCUCGGACAAGCGAAGUUUUCGGUCGGGGUUUGCAUGUCUAGGAGUGAAUCGCUAUUACGAUGUAGUAAGUCGGAAAGAGAAAAAUGCGAAGUAUUUAUUACAUAACUACUUAAUUCAACGCUAGAUUUCAUGCGUUUGGGAAAAUACUUGCUCUUCUUUCUUGACCGUACUCUUCGUAUAUAUGAAAAUCGGCACCCAAGGCCAGAAAUACCGACCCGUUAUGUUAACAACUAGUGAAUAACUGUGAUAUAUACUUAACCCGUCAAGGACUGGCGUUACCAUAUGGUAACGUUAAACAUAG